AUGGAUAAUGAGCAUUGUUGUUAUCUUGAAGUGGAUGUCAAUGGUGAAGAGGUUUUCAUGGUUGAUAAGAGAAUCAUAUCUUCCUACUCUAGAAAAGUAAACAAAUUGCUCGGUAAAUCUAGUCGUUCGACCCAUCGAACGAAGAUCAUUUUCCACGACUUCCCGGGCGGCCCGCCUACUUUCGAGCUCGUCACACGAUUCUUCUACAACAAUGGCAAAAAACCCGACGUAAAUCCUAUCAACAUUGCAAACCUCACGUGCGCCGUACGUUUUAUGGAGAUAAAUGAGCUAGAGAAAUCGACACAAGAGAUUAUUAAGCAAUGGUCGUGGCCCGAGCUUCUUGUGGCCUUAAAGGAGUCUCACAAAUUACUUCCUAGAGAUUCUCUAGUCUCGUCGACUUUAGUCGACAAAUUACUAGACUCUCUCGUCAUAAAACUCGAGCAAUCUUGGGAAAUGAACUCGUCGAGCCAUUUGACUUCUUCGCCCGAGAGCUCGGGUUUUAGAGCGUCAUGCGAGACGAAAAGUCCUCGUAUGCCAUCUUGGUUUGAGGAUCUAACGGCUUUAGACAUCGGUUUUAUAGAAAAAACGGUAAGGAUAAUGGUAUCUAGGAAUCUCGAAAACGGGAUUAUUAGUAAGUUUCUGUUUUAUUAUCAAAAGUCGAGAUUUGGGUCGUCGGACUUGGAUUCGGAAGAGAAAGUCGAAAUCAUGGAAGCUAUAGUCGACAUGCUUUAUUCUUUGGAUAUAAAAUGUGUGUCCCACAAGAGUUUAUUUGAGCUUCUAAGAGUCAGUUUGAACGUUGAGUCAAGCCAAAAGUGUAGGGACACAUUGGAGAGCAUGAUCGGGUCGUUGUUAGAUCGAGCGAGCUUAGAUAAUUUGUUGGUCCCUUCUCAACCGAGUAAGAGUUACUUGUACGAUGUGGAUUUGGUUCUUAGGCUUUUGAAGUCGUUUGUCGUGAAAGGAGUUUGUGGAGUCGAGUCGAGACGAGUGAAAAAAGUCGCGAGCUUGAUGGAUUUGUAUUUAGCCGAGAUAGCACCCGAUCCACAUUUGAGGCCGUCGAAGUUUUUGGUAGUGAUCAAGGGACUACCGGAUUCCACUAGAGACUCGUUCGAUCAAGUUUAUCGUGCCAUAAAUUUGUACUUUGAGGUUCACACGAGCUUGUCUGAGGAACAUAAGAUGAAAAUAUGCUGGGGAUUAAAUUACGAGAAGCUGUCGACCGAGGCACUCGAGCAUCUGAUUAAGAACCUGAUUUUCCCUACAAAAUCAGCUUCACGAGCCUUCGCCACUCGGCAAGAACGAACAAUGAAAGAGGGGAAGAAAAGGGAAAGCUCUAGGAAAAUCGUGCUUUAUGCGCGGAAUCUCGGUUUUUCGUACGAGAAGGAGAAGGUCGAAGCACAUUUACGGGGAAUGCAAUGGCGCGCGGGCGAUGGAAUUGGAGAAGGUUUGUCGGAAAAUGCAGCUUCAAAUGGCCAAGAUGACGAAAUCGAGAUUGUCGAGCGAUGUUAA